GAUAAUACUAGCUCUUGUGAAUUAUGUCUUGGUGGUGACUAAUGGUUCAUUGUCAGAUCACAGUGAAAAUGAAUUUAAUAAGCCAAAGAAGAUAUUUCACGAAACAUUGGUACGAAUACACAUCAUGCACUUGUUUCAAAUUAUGUAUUUGAGAGGAAUUUUAUUAUAUUUAGUAGAUGGACAGGUGUGUCAAAAAUGUUGACUCAAAAUACAAAUACAAGUAGAAACUAUAACUGAAAUACGAAAAUACUUACAAAGCAUUAAAACUUCAUCAAACCAGUUUACAGGAUAAUUUCCAUAAUCCUAAAAAAGUCGGUUUCUAAGAUUAGCUGGCCGAUUGGAUUCGCCAAUGGGUACCUGAGUUUUGAGACACUAUAUAUUGUGGAUAUUGGAUCGGGUUCAUUUCAUUUAAAACUCAAAAUGGCUGUCGUAUUUAAUACAGCCAUAAUUGUAAUUGUGCUGUGGUCUCCGUUUGCGGUGUGUUUCAAUCACACAGGAUGGCUUCGGCGAAUGUCUCAGACGCCAUUUCCGGAAGUGCGUAUGCGUCAUAUGCGGCAUUCCGGACUUUCUACGGAACAGUUUGUAUGGCCCAUGAAAAAAGAGGCCGUGGUCGAGGGCGAUUUGCUCCUCGGUGGAUUGAUGAUGGUCCAUUCUCGUGAGGAUACCCAGUUCACUUGCGGUCCGAUUAUGGCUCAGGGUGGUAUACAGACCGUAGAGACGAUGCUCUAUACCUUGGAUCAAAUCAAUAAACAGUGGACCAAGUUUAAAAUCGGAGCGCUCAUAUUGGACGACUGUGAUAAGGAUACGUAUGGAUUGGAAAUGGCUAUAGACUUCAUAAAAGGUUCUAUUAGCAACAUAGAUGAAACUCAAUAUUUUCAUUGUAACAAGUCACAAGUAAGAAAAGUAAUAUCUGGCGUAGUUGGUGCAGCUUCAAGUGUUACAUCUGUUCAAGUAGCAAAUUUAUUAAGACUUUUCAAAAUACCCCAGGUCUCGUUUUGGUCAACUAGUCCUGAACUAAGUAAUAAACAACGUUUUGAAUACUUCACACGAACUAUACCUUCAGAUCUUUACCAAGUGAAGGUUAUGGUAGAAAUUGUCCGGAGACUUGACUGGAGUUACAUAUCAAUUAUUUACGAAGAGUCCAGUUAUGGCAUUAAAGCUUUUGAAGAAUUAGAGAAGUUGAUGCCCAAGUACAAUAUUUGUAUUGCGGCAAAGGAAAAACUAGUAAAGGAUUCGGGCGUGGCAGAAGAAAAAGCUUAUGAUGAUAUCGUUAUUAAACUUCUCGGCAAGCCUAAGGCUAAGGGGGUUAUAGUUUUUGGAUCAGACCAAGAAGUAGUGAGUUUAAUGAAAGCAGUAAGGAGAAAUAAUGCUACUGGAAAUUUUUCAUGGAUUGGUUCAGAUGGAUGGAGUGCAAGAGAUAUGGUAUCUGCUACAAAUGAAGCCGAAGUGGAAGGAUGCUUAUCUGUUCAACCUCAAGCUAACCCUGUCAUUGGGUUUGAAGAGUACUUCUUAGGACUCACUGUAGAAAACAACAAAAGAAAUCCCUGGUUCACAGAAUUCUGGGAAGAGCACUUCCAGUGUCGAUAUCCGAGAAGUUUGAGAACACCGUACAAUUCUAAUUAUUCAAAUGAAUGUGAUUCUAAGUUUCAUCUGAGAGAAAAAAUACCAAAGUUUGAAAACCAAUUACAAUUUGUCAGUGAUUCUGUACUAGCUUUUGCACAUGCAUUGUACGAUAUGCAUUCUGAUCAUUGUGGUCCGAACUUUGUUGGUUUAUGUGAAGCCAUGAAACCUGUUAAAGGACCUGAACUCUUAAUGUAUCUUAGAAAAGUAAACUUCACAGGUCUCACGGGCGAUAAUUUUCACUUCGAUGACAACGGGGACGGACCUGCCCGUUAUAAUAUCAUCCACUUCAAACAGGUAGAGCCGGGCGUUUUUAAAUGGAUCAAAGUCGGUGUGUACUCGGAUGGCAAACUCAAUCUCAACAUGUCCGAGAUGCGGUUCAAAACGGACUCAUCAAAUCCACCGGAAUCCGUUUGCAGUUUACCGUGCCAAAAAGGCCAAGCUAAGCAGUAUCUGGAGGGCGAAAAAUGCUGCUGGCACUGUUUCAACUGCACACAAUACCAGAUCCGUUCACUCACCGACGAAACCAGAUGCGAAGUCUGUUCCGAGGGCACGUUACCCGACAGUAAUCGUCAACGCUGUUUGGAAAUCCCGGAAGCAUUUUUACAGAUCGGGAGCAGUUGGGCUAUCGGGGCAAUGACACUGUCAGUGGCAGGUAUUGCCAUUACUUUGCUAGUGGUUUCCGUGUUUAUCAAACACAAUCAUACACCGAUCGUGAAGGCCGCUGGCAGGGAAGUUUCGUACGUACUUUUGUCCGGCAUACUGCUGUGCUAUCUCAUCACGUUUGUGCUCGUGCUCAAACCUACUGACAUCGUAUGCGCAGUACAAAGAUUUGGUGUAGGGUUCUGUUUCACUGUUGUGUAUGCUGCAUUAUUAACGAAAACGAAUCGCAUAUCACGUAUAUUUAACGCCGGACGACGGACUGUUAAACGUCCUAAAUUUAUAUCACCAAAAUCACAAUUGGUCAUCUGCACAGGACUCAUAUCGAUACAAGUGCUCAUCAACGGCGUGUGGAUGCUGGUCAGCCCGCCAAAGGCCAUACACUAUUAUCCUAGCAGGGAGUCGAAUAUACUAGUUUGCUCGUCGUUCAUCAACACAUCGUACGUGAUAGCGUUCGGAUACCCAAUAGUGUUGAUUGUCGUGUGCACCGUUUACGCUGUGCUCACCAGAAACAUUCCUGAAGCCUUUAACGAGUCUAAGCACAUCGGUUUCACGAUGUAUACAACAUGUGUCAUAUGGCUCGCAUUCGUUCCGCUAUACUUUGGAAUUGGCAACCAUACUACACUAAGGAUAACUACCAUGUCAGUAACCAUUAGCCUAUCCGCUAGUGUAACUAUAGUUUGCCUGUUCUCUCCAAAGUUGUACAUAAUUUUGUGUCAUCCGGAACGAAACGUGCGUCAAAGUAUGAUGCCAAAUAUGAAGUUAACGGGCACUAAAACAUUUACAACAUCGAAUACGAAUGCAUUUUGUAACAAUUCAACAAGACGGCGCAGCUCAUUAGCUUAUAAAGGUAAAGAUUCCAGUACGGACAUGCAUAUAAGCUUGGAAAAUCGAAAACAAGUUCUCGAACGAGCCGUACAAACAGAAGAGACGAGAAUCGUAUCGGGAUCGUAAUCGGCAAACAAUUUCGAACGUAUAAUAUCUUUUCUUCCCCCUAACUAUCGAAUGGAAAGCACAAAGGUACAUGACAAGACUGAAACAAUUGUUAUGUUCUCUGGACGUUUUAUAAACUUGCCAAAGUCUCGAAGGCGUAUAAUAACACUAAUAAUAAUACUAUAACUAUAAUAACAAUAAUAUGAGAGGGCCAUAUCGAUAAUAAUAAUAUAAUUACGAAUGUUUGAAAAGUCUUAUCAUUUGUGAAAAUCAUUUAAUUCCCGUAAGCAGUUUUAAAAGAAACAUAAGGUGAAACCGAUCAUCGAAAAUAUGUUAUUCAUUGGGCUAUUUUCAAAACACGUAACAAUAUAUUUUUCUACAUUUGAAUAAUUAGUCAUAAUUAGUCCUACUAUUACAUUAUUGACAGUCAUAACUGCAGUAUAUACCUAACGAUAAUACGAAGUAUUUCAACAAAAAAAUAAGCUCCUUAAAACGUUUACUACUUCUGUAAAUAACAUACAUAUAUGUAAUAACAAAAAAAACACGUCACAUAUUAUAUUUGGAAAAAUAUACUAAGUAAACAAAAAAUAAUACUGAAUAGCUUGUGAUCGAGGCUAAUAAUUAUAAUGUAGGUACAUCAAUCGUGUCAUUAAAUCGUUAAUUUUAAAAAUAAAUAAAAUCUUAAAAAUACGUUUAAUUAAAUAUGCAUAUUAUUAUGGGAAUAAUUUAACUUUGCUUGGAGGCUGUUAUCUACUUUAAUUUUAAGUACAAUGUAGGUACUUAACAUAAAUUAGGAAAUAACUUCUUUGUUUAGUUGAAUCGUAUAUUGCUACCGAGUGAAGUUAAAUUGUUUGUCGUAAUUAAACUAGGUAAUUUAAUUUAAUAUAAUUUGAAGUAGUUUUUUUUUUUUAGAAAAAUUAAUUAUUAUGACAUUACAUUACUUAACCUGUAAAUGACAUGAGUAACAGACGUUUUAAAAUUAUUUUUUUAUUCUGCUGGUUUUUCACACAGCAUUUACCAAGUUUUUUUUGUUGAUGCCAUAAUGUCACUAACGGCACGCAAAGCGGCGAGAGAUUUCCGGAUGUAUCUUUAUAGUUUAUAACACUAAUAAUAUCUAUUAUGUAUAUUUGUUUCCUCAUCAACGUGCAAGGCGGCGGCUGCAAUUUGUUUGCCGUUUUGUCAUUUCAAUUAUAAAUAAUUGCAGAACCCUUUCAUUUUGUUUAUAAUUCACUAGGUCGGAUUAUUCGAAUCGUGUUGGAAAUUACAAAAGCAUCGCUUGUGCCAUAUAACUACUAAUAUUUCAUUUGUACCUGCACGAAAAUACAAAGAAAUGGGUGAAUUUUAAUUAUACAGCAAUCUACCUAGUCACUAGUUAGAUCUUCCGAAACAGUGGCGCAUUUAACCUUUAAUCCAUUUGUAGGACGGUAGACUGAAAUUUCCUUUAUUGGUUGGAGAGCAUGUCCUAUAGUACACGACAUGUAGUGUGAAUGUGCAUAUAUUAUGAGUUAUAACUUUGAUAGCCAUAAUCCCGGUGUGUUUGUAUUAGAAUAUGUCAAACAGACAUUCAACAGUCUAAUAGGUCAAACUCAUAUUAUUUUGUAACAUUAACAGCGUAAAGAUUUAAAUCUUAAUACGAUAGCGUAUGUAUUAUCAGCAACGCUAUAUAAAUAUACAACAAUAUAAAAAUUAAAACUUACAUCGUUGCCGGAAAAAUUAUUGUUUGCGAUCGUUUAAAUUUUAGAUAGGUAUAUACUAUGAUUGUUUUUCAACUGCCGAUAAUCGUUUGCAAACGUAUGUUAAACUUUCACAAUCCUGUAGCACCGAUAAUUUUUAACCAUUUAUUUGACUUAAAAUAAUUUAAAUGAAAUAUCAAAUCGAAUCGGUAUAAAUCGAUUUACAACACUGGCAAUAAUGAAUGUGUAAUGGAAUGGCAAAAAUCUUGUCUGGUAACUUUUUCCGUAUGACCCGACAAUUAUCAACCACGUGUAACUAUACCGAAUGGAAUCGGUAUACCAACGACAGUAUAUAAUUUCAUUUAACACAAAUAUAUAUUUUUGACACGAAUAAGUAAACAUCAAAAGUUUAGAGUAAAAUUAACGUGCGAAUGCCGUCGUAGGACUCUAAUAACGCAGUAUUUAUGCACCGUAGUUUUCGGCGUUAUUUCUGGAGGGUUUCUUAUCCGUUGACUUGCUGCCACUCGUAACUUCGGAAGACUACAAAAACGAGAAGUCUACGCCACAAAAGGUCGUGGCUAAAGUGUCGGCUGUCGAACUUGCUCGUCGAAAAGUUCAAAACCGUAUCGUUAAACAUUGUUUGGACAAAACGUUUGACCGUAAAAAAUUCCCUCUAGACGCAUUAGCAUCUUUUCCUCGUAAUUAAAUUUCUAUGAAACGAUUUCAACAACGACUGUAAAAAUGUCACGUGAAUUUUUCUCGGACUGGCGCGUAAAAUCGAAACUAAAAACGAAAAAAAAAAGUGUAAACGGUGAAAUAUUUCACGUGUCGUUUUAUCUGCAACGCGCAGCUCUCUCGCGGUUAAGGAAAAUGGUUCGUGAAAUCGGAUCGCCAGAAAAAAUCUCUGCCGUCAUUAUAUAUUCUUAGGGUCGCUGCCACGCCGUUUGGCUGACCUCGCCAGCGAAUACUCACAGCAUGGUGUGCCGACCCGAUUUGGUGGACAAGACAAGCCCAUUUACCCCCUUCUCCCGACCAGACGUUUAAUACACCGAGAUUGCAUUACGACGGUGGUGCCAAAAUACUAAUACUACCAUUACUUACGCUACGAGUACACUUAGUAAAAAUACUUGAAAUUAGUGUUAAAAAUCGUCUAUAUUAAAAAACUUUUUAGGAUGACAAAUCUAAACUCAUUGAUUUCGAUUUUUAAAAUUAACAAAUAAAAAUUAUAAUCAAGUACGUCAUAUUAGCCUAUUACGCAUUAGUCGAAUUUCAUGUGGUACAAACAUGAUUUUAAUCAAUGCAAAUCUGUUUAUAAUAUCUAUCCAAUUUAUAUUAUUAAACAUCAUGAUAUAUUAUAAUAUUAUAGUAAUUCACGGAGUGACGUUUCAAAAAUUUGUUACAAGUUAUACAGGUAUAGGUAACUAAUAGUAAAGCUUUUUCAAAAUUGAUAUACUGCACGCUUCGACUAUGAAAAUUGUUUUUUUUUUAUAAUAUGUAACGCUAAUAAAUUGUAUUUUAUUCACCAAAAUACAAUAAAAAUAUACAUACCUAUAAGUAUAUUAGUCAAUAUAAAAACGAUUCGAGUUUGAACUAGUUUCUCAAUAACAUUAACGUACCAUUCAUUAUGUACCCAUCGAUUCCAUGGUUGGGUAUAUAACACUGUUCUCCAUGCAAAUACUCGAAAAUUCAAACACUAUUUAAAUAUUGUACCUAAUUUCGUCGAAAAUAUACUUGAACAUUAAAUAUUUACUUUUUCCUAUAUUAAUUGAAACGAUUAUUAAUAUUCGACCAAAUACAUAUUUUAAUGAUCUCUCUCAUUAUAGUUCAUUAUUCGGUUCGUGGUGAUUCUCGAUGAUGAUGCACAAAGGCAAUAAUAUAACGUAUUGUUCAAUUGUUGUUAAUAAAUACGUCCACAAACAACAUUUCUUCGAAUUUGAAAGCCAACAUUUGUUUGUUAUAGUAUAAGGUCUUCCGGGUAAUAUGAAUAACAUUACAUAUUUUAAAAUAAAUUCAUACAAAAUAAAACUUUGUCCAUUUUAUUCCAAUUAGAAAAUUCGUUUCAAUUUAAUUACUACGAAUGUAAAAAUAACAACGAGCGCAAACUACUACAGACAUCUUACAAAAACAAAAUAAACGGAAAAAACGUUUUCUAUUUCCUAAACAACUUAAAAAAAUCUACGUAGGUCCGCGAAAAUAAAUGAUUUUAAUAAAAUACAACAACUACAUUCGUUGCAUUAGUUAAAGUGGUGAAGCUAUUGGGAUCGUUUGAAAACACACCAUAUUACACCUACCUAUUACAUUUAGAUUUUGUUCGUGGGUUUCCAUUAUCUAAUUGUAUUGCAUUACUAAUUAGCAUUACCCUACUUCGACUACACCGAAUUGAGAAACCGACAGAUCGAUACGCCAAAUAUCUAACCACAUCAAUCUCUUUUCGAAUCUAAUAACGCAUAAUGUGUCAUUUGUAUCGGCUUGGGAAUCGAAUUUAAAAUGUCGUAUAGCGUUUGGUACGAAUGUGAACUUUGCGUUGAUUGCAUAGCUGUUAUAAUCUUUAAUUCGUCGAAUAGCAUAGUACACAUGAACCCGCAUAUAUUUUAUACGUGCUAACGUCCAUCUUAAUUUGCCACGAUUUUAGUUUUUUUUUUUUUUUUUAUGAAUAUAAUCAAAAAUAAUGAGCCAGAAAGUUCUAAAAAAUUAUUGGUUUAAAUACUGUAAAAAAAUAACAAAAACGUGUAAUCUGUAUGCUAAAUGUAUGGAAUCGGAUGUAUUUAUACACAAUUUGUAUGCAAAAAAGUGUUGUAAAUUGGAGAAAAAUAGUUGUAAUAUCGAGUUUUGGAGCGUUUUAAAUACAUAUUUGGAAAUAAUAAAAACUUAGGUGCGCCAUAACGUACAUAAUUUAUCUACUAUGUUUUAAUUAAAACCGCGUGAAAUUUACGGUCGUUUUGUCUUAUCGUUGUAUAAUGGAUCUAUUUUGAUUAAUAGUAAAACGUUAACUGAAUAAUUGAGAACAAAAAUAUAUGUUCCUAAUACCUACCUGUCGGUGUCGGGUCCAUUCGAUUUUGGUUUUAUGUUGAAACUAAAUCGAUUAAUUAUACAUACCUAUAUAACAUAUUACUCCAAUGAAAUUAAAGUGCGAAACAAAUCGAGAAGAUUUGUUCUGAAAAAAAAAAUUAUUGGUGUAAUUCGUUUACAAUUCCUAAAAGAUACUUAUCUUAAUAACACCGUGCUUUCUGUGAGACCGUCAUUAAAACAUUUCAUUUCGAGUGCCAGUAAAUGGCGAUCGUCGUUGGACACGAAAAUAAAUUGUUGAAUUUACCGAACAGUGUAGUGGUCUCAGGCACUCUUCACUACGCUUAUAAAAUUUUUGAUAACGCUGGUUAAUCUCACGUUUGGAUAUGAGGAUGUCGGUAAAGGUGAAAUAAGUGAACAGUCGGUUAUGAAGUAUAUAUUGUACAUAUAUGUAGUUGAAUAUUAAUUCAAAAUAAUAUACUUGUAAAAUUUGUGGACAGAGUGUAAUAAUUCUGCCCGGGAAAUUAGCUUAACAAAGCUUAGGUAUCCUGACUUAUGAUACAAGCGGCGAUUCUGGGGCGUGACCCAAUGACUCGAAUAAAUCCGGCGAGGUGAACGUAUAAACUUUAUUCUAAUCGUAUUGGGACUUAUAUAAUGUAUACAAUAUAUACCGAAUCUUGGCUAUACUAUUAAACGAUAGGCUUAAGAUGUGGAUAUCAAAAAAUCCGAAAAUGUGUUGUAAGAUAUCCUUCGGUUUCUAUGUUAUUUAUGGCAAGUUAUAUUAAGAACCGAUGUGGAUGCUUUCGAGAUCUUACUCGCUUUCAAUGGUUUCUUGGAACCGUUACACGGUUUCGGACAAAGCCAGAGUUUUCCAAUAUCAUCUAAGUAGUAAACAAUUCAAUAUAAUGAUAGUAAAGCGACGUCUAGGUUUGGCAGCAACAACACAUAUGUGAUGAAUAAUAGAAUACUAUUGUAAUGCAUAGUAAAGCGGCAGCGAUGGUUUACUACAACAAUUUUAUUUUCACAUCAAAAAUUUAAAACUUAUUAAUUGUGAUUGGACCCUUGUCCUAGCCAGGUAUUGUAGAUUGUCUUGCGUGGGCUUAAAUCAAUAAUUCCUAUAAUCGAAGUUUGAAGUUUUGCACCCAUAAAAGUCUAAAUAAAUUGAUAAAAUGUUUUCUUCUCUCAUAAACUGUUCGAAAAUGUCAGAAACUUACUUUGAAAAGUAUAACAUCGAAUUUAUGUGAUAGAAAAAUCGUUUAAAAAAAUAACCAUUUAAAGCUAUAAAAUUAUAAAUUACUGUCCAAUAAAAACAAACUAUAAUUCACAGAUACAUUAUUGUAUUGCUUAUAAUAAAGAUACCUCUAAUAUCUAUUAUAAUAUAUAUUUUAUAUACUCGAAUAGUUUUCGUCGACAACAUUAGACAAAUAAAUAUAAUAAUAACUUCAAAUAAAUAAAUAGACAUGUAUACGGUUAAAUACCUAAUAAGUAAUAGGUAUUUGUCAUCUUAUGUAAUUUUCCAAUUCAGUUUAGUAACUAUUAUCCAGAAAGGUCAUAAUAAUAGGUUGUGAGUUCUUUAAGAUAUUUCUCAGCUUGUUCGUCUAAGUUGUUAAGAUCAUAAUAAUAUAUUAUACUGUCUCGAAAAAAGUACAAACAACUUUCUUAUACUAUUAUUAUUAAAAAAUAUAAAAGAUUUGUUAAUUUUUGGCAUUUAAGUUUCAGUAGAACUAUAAUAUUAAAAUAUCCUAAUUAUUUUUUAUAUUAACUAUACUGUAUAAUUUGCACCACAAAUUUUAGAAUUUAUGCAAAAAUAUUUCACUUAGAAAAACACCAAUUUUCAUACAAAUUCAUACGAUUAAUGGUAAAAAAAAUUCUAAAAUUGAAAUUAAAACUUUCCAAUAAGUAAAUUGUAUUAUUAUCCAAUAUUACGCGCGUAGUAUACCUAUUACCUAUUUUUGUAUACAUAUAAUAAUAUGUAUAAUACACAUAAUUUAAAUUAAAAUCCAUCCAAUAUUAGUAAUAUAUGACACUUUGUCUGGCAAUUUAAAAUAACGAAACUCGUAUAUUAUACGUUAUUAUAAUAAAUGUAUAUUAUAUAUUAUGUAAUAUAAUAAUAUACCUACUAUACAUAUUUUAUGUAAAACGCAUUUUUUCAAUUCAAUUAAAAGCCAUUGAGACAAUUAAAUAAAAUUAAUUAAUUUUAAACAUAAAGUUUAACUUUACUGCCCAGUGUCUAUUACAUAUUUUUAAACCAUAGGUACUUAGUAAAAUAGUAAAUAUUGAUAUGACUAAAUCAACCUAAUUUUUAAUUAAAUUAGCAUAAAUUAUAAAUUCACAUCAGUACAUCAUUAAAUACAAUUUUCAAUGAUUAUACGUGUGAAAAAAUAUAAUAAUUUCUCAAAGUAGGUUAUGACAUUGAUUAUAAAUACUAUUUAUAAUCAAUAGUUUUGAUCAAACAGCAAUGUAUAAUUAUAACAAUGAUAAUUUAUACACAGCGCCUGAUUAGUACAAAAAUUAAUUAUGCUCAGAAAUAAAAUGUUUAUAACGUUGCGUUAUUAUAGCAUAAAUCAUUUUUAUAUUUACUUUACAACUAUCAAACUUAUUAAACAAAAAAACAAACCCAUUUUAUACCUAACUGUCCUUUAGUGGUAAAGGUCAAUCUUCAUGUCACCAUUAGACUUUAAAAACGAAGUACAAGACGCAAACUUAUAAAAUUCUCAACAUUAAUGUUACAUAGUAUGAUAGAUUUUACUUUUUAAAAUUACAAAAAUAUUUUUUCAGGCGUUGAUAAGCUACAUAACUUUAAUAUAAUAGUCAACAAUAACAGUGAUAAUAUCUAUUGUACUCGGUAUAAAAAUGCAUUUGUCAUUUAAAAUAAUUAAUUGAAACCAAUUAAUCUAUGUUGAACUUUUCAAUAAUCUGACCAUUAUUAAAACUUAUGUCAGAAAACAAAUAAUACUCGUCGAACAGGUUUAGUUUAAAAGGUAUAUUUAUAUUAUGAUAAUAUAAUUAUUAUUUAAACGCGUGGUAAAAAAUAUAGACAGUAUCCUGUAGUUAGACUGCUUGCAAUUUUAUCUAAAAACUAUUACCCAUCAGAACGACGAAUAUCGGAUUUUAAUUCGCAACAAAAUUUGUAAUCAUUCGUUCAUCUUUCCCGAUGUUUAAUAUUAAAUAUAUAAUAAAUUAAAUGAUGACAUAAUGUAUAUUCUUACGAGUCGCAAUCAUUUCAACAAAUAUCACGAAAUAUUCUAUCACGUUUUUGUUAGUUAUUAUUGAAAAUGUAUGAGGAUAAAAUAAAUAUUCAAAAGGUCAUCUAUUUAAAUGCAAAUAUAUAAAUACAUACAUACAUACAUUAUGUAUAUACCUACCGUAGUCUCACGAGUCACUGCGCAAUUUAUAUAUUUUGUGUAUACUUUAUACCUACGAUCGUACGAGUAAAAGCAAAGCGAUAGUCCGUGCCAGGUAUGCCUUACUUUAUACACUAGUCGUGUGCAUUUAUCUGAAUAAAUAAGGUUCAAUUCGACACACUAUAAAAUGUCUCCAAAGUCCAAAUAAUGAAAACGUUUUAUGCGCACGUACUUUUCAAAUCGCCCCAUCGAAAUAAGCGUCGUUUUAUUUGUUCGAUUCUUUAUUUCUCACACAUAUAUAUUAUAAUAUAUAUAUAUAUAUAUAUAGGUAAAUAAGAACUAUAUAUUAUAUCUUUCCGGUGCAUAUAAACUUGUCGAAUACUUUUGUCGGAAAAGGAGAGAAAUUUUCGCCCUUAAUGAUAUACUGGUACAACACGCGCCCCGGUUUGAUUCGAUUGAAAUCACACGUAUAUUCGCACCGGGCACUUCGCCUAUAUGGUUCACCGUCUACAGCUACUCCGUCGCUUUUAUCCGGCCGUGUUUGAUACUGCAACAUCAUUAUAAUAUUCUAAAAUUAUUAAUGUAUUUUCGUCGUAAUAUACCCCCACCUCAAGACCUCAAUAGCCUUCCCCGAAAUUUCGAUUAAAAUGUAUCACACUAUACGAAUAGUAUAAAAUCAUAUUAUAGAUAGAUCGUGACGGAAUACCAAUUUAAACGUUAAAA